AUGGAAGUGACGCUGGAAUUUUGCGGUGGCGCUGAAACUGCUCACAACGGAGGCGAGAAGUUCUUGACGUUCAAGAGCGACCACAAAGAGCCGAAAGUUUCCGAUAUCUUCGCCCAAGUCAGAAGCAAAAAGCUGAUCGACGACAUCGAUGCUUUGAUCGAGUCCGACAAAGACGUCAAGCCCGGAGUGCUGGUGCUGAUUAACGACGCCGACUGGGAGCUCUUCAACGAAGCCGACUAUCAAGUCUGCAAGAACGAUAGGAUAACCUUCGUCUCCACUCUUCACGGAGGAUAA